AUGAAAUGGAGCAAAUCUAAAAUUGGUUUCGCUAUUUUUGUUUAUAUAUUGAUAUAUUAUUCUCUUUUUGGUUCAUUUUUAAUACUCUUUUCUAAAAUAAUAAACUUUAAAGAGCAAUGGUACAUAAUAUUUCUUGUGUUAUAUUUCCCUUUGGUGGCUGUGAUAACGUGGACUUAUCACGUCUGUAUCACCUCAAAUCCAGGCUUCAUUCCACUAAUCACAGUGGAAGAAAUUGGAGAAUUUGAGGAAUACUUUGAAUUCUGUGAAAAGUGUAACUCCUCAAGACCAAUUGGCUCCCACCACUGCAAAACAUGUAAAAAAUGCAUUCUUAAAAUGGAUCACCACUGUGUUUGGAUAACGAAUUGUGUUGGACUAUGUAACCAAAAGUAUUUUAUCCAGUUUCUAGUGUAUUUGGAGCUGAUGUGUAUUUUUAAUCUACUGAUAAUUCUGGUUAACAUUGUGGACCUCGUAGAUAAAGAUUAUCACUUGGAUUCUUACAUUUUUGAGCGGAAUUCUCUAUAUUUCAUCUUUGUUAAUUUCCUGAUCUCGGUGCUAUUUCUAUUAUUUGUGUGUAUAAUUCUGAUUAACCAGAUUUGGGCAAUAGUGAGGGGAAAUUCUAAAAUUGACGAAUUAAAAAAAAUAAAAUUCAAAAAAUUAACAAUGAAGGAAAAUUUAAGAGUAAUUUUCGGUAACUCAUUCACUCAACUAUUAUUUCCUGUAAAGAAUAAAAUGUUUAAUUAUAACGAAGAUUUGAAGUUUGAGACCAUAAUUGACAUGAUUAGGAACAAACACUUGGAAAUCACUACAAAAUCAGAAGCCAUAUGA